CAAACUAAUUGUCCUUUCCACUUCCCAACUCUUAAUUCCCAGGCCAACAUAUCCGCCUUGAGGCUUCAGCCCCUUCCUUCCCCAAUAUCUAUUACGGAGUACUUCGGUGGUUUAUUAGCAAUUGGAGAUUUUCCAAAAUAAAUAGUAAGUCUAUGAAAUCAAUUUCAAUAAAGGAAUCGGCAAAAAACAUUAAAAAAAAACAACAGAACAACCCAGUGCACAAAAACGACGCACAAAGCUACAGGACACAUAUGAAGUAUACACCAGUUAACAAAAUACAACGCACAGAAGAAACUCGCUAACAAGGAGGAAGAGAGGAAGAUAGGAGGAGGAGGAGGAGGGGGAAGAGAAGGAGGAGGCUACCCGCCCUGCUGUCAUCGACCGCUCCUAUGAUGACUGGCACUUGAGAUAACUCCGGCCGACGGCAACCUGCGGCGACCGGCAAGAACAAUUACUCCGUUGUUAAAUUUGGUGCUCAUGUCCGGCUUGGGAAGAUCGAAUACGGAAAUUCUUGGGGGCUGGAAUCAGGCUCAAAGUGGGACCAAAGAGGGCUCAGGUGGACAUCUUGGAGCGGAUUGUGCCACCCAAAAAGUGAAGGGGGGCUGGGUUUUCGAAGGGUCCGGGAUUUCAACAUCGCUAUGUUAUCAAAACAGGCCUGGAGGUUUACGGUUGAUUCGAGUAGUCUGGCUAGUAGAGUCUUUAAAGCCAGGUAUUUUCCAAAUUCUUCUUUCUUAGAGGCAAAAAUGGGAAGUAAUCCAUCAUAUAUCUGGCGGAGUAUUAUGGAGACUCAGGGGGUUGUAGCAGAGAAUUUGAGGAAAAGAGUGGGAAAUGGACGAGAAGUACAGGUGUGGGCGGAUGCUUGGCUGCCGGGGCCUGGAUCGGGCCGUGUUAGUUCGCCUAAACCGGUUGGUAUUAUGGAUAUGAAUGUAGCAGCGCUGAGAACGGAGGAUGGCAAGAAUUGGAGUGUGGAACGGGUCAGGUCAAUUUUUUCACAGGAGGAUAGUAGGAAAAUAUUGAGUAUUCCGAUUAGCAUGUUUGACAAAGCAGAUAUCUUUUGGUGGAAUCCGGCGAAGGAUGGUCGCUUCUCGGUGAGAAGCUGCUAUAAAGUUUUAGCGAGUCAUGGGAGUGCAUCAACCUGGGAAGGGUGGAGCAGAAUGUGGAACUUGAAUGUUCCACCAAAAAUUAAAUUUUAUUUUUGGCAGGUUAUGCAGGGAUGUUUACCAUCGGCAGUUAAGGUGCGCAGCAGGGGGGUUUUGAUCCCGGUGGAUUGCAAAUUGUGCGGCAGGGAGGAGGAAACGGAUGAUCACAUCCUCCAUUUGUGUCCAACUGCUCAGAUUGUUUGGAGGGCAGCGGGAGUGAACUGGAAUAGCAGCACGGUGGGGCUGGAAAAUUGGAUUAAGGAGGUGUUGACAGGCAUGGAUGAGGAGGGUUGGUGCAGAUUUUUGAUGAUCCUAUGGAGCUUAUGGAAAAGAAGAAAUGCAGUGGUCUGGAAGAAUGUUUCACAGGAGGAUAUGGGAGUUAGACAAUGUGCAGAAGCCACUCUGCAAAGUUGGAGGGAGGUACAAACCACAGGCCAACAAGUUGGGAUACGAGCAGAGCAUUCGGAGGACAAAUGGAGAAGCCCGAGACCAGGAUGGAUAAAAAUAAAUGUGGACGCAGCGGUAGAUGAACAAGGUGGAGUACGGGCAUGGGGCUGGAUCGGACGUAAUUCGCAAGGGGAAGUGGUGGGGGCGUACAGUGAAUCAAAGUUAGCGGGCUGGACACCGGCAGAAACAGAAGCUAGAGGGAUUCGAGAAGCUAUUGUGGGUGCCAUCAGGAAAGGAUGGAGACAAGUAGAGGUAGAGUCAGACGCACUCCAAAUUGUCCAAGCGGUCAAGAAAGUGGGAGACUUGUCUUAUCUGGAUUUGGUGGUAGAUGAUAUCAGGGAAUUACUUAAAGUAAAUGAGAAUUUUACUUUGUCUUUCUGUAAGAGAUCUGUAAAUCGGGCUGCCCAUGCUUUUGCAAGAGCAACCGUUUUAAGUUCAGAUCGUAGUUUUACUCAAGAGUCUCUUCCGUUUCGUGUUGUAAGCCAAUUGGCAAAUGAUUUGAUUUUAUAAUGAGAGCUAGUUUUCCUUCAAAAAAAAAAUCAAUUAAAUUUAAACGGUUGUGUGGCUAAAUGUCAUCGG